CAAUUCCCAAACAUCGAUGGCUGCUUGCUGUGUAAACUGAAUUCAAUAUACUUUUACUUUAAGCUUGCUCGUUGUUUAUAAAGGUGUUUGUCCUGAAAUUAUCUUGAAAAUAAUAAUGUAUAGGCUAUAGUAUCAGAACCUCUUUACAUUACAACAAGGACCAGCAUUGAGCAACCAUGACAGCGAUCAGGCACACUCUGCAAAGGGAUGUGUUCUUGCCUCAGGGGGAGCGUUUAAUUGACGUUGUUCAUGUUAGCAAAACAGGAAAGAAGAAGAAAAGCAGCUUCCUCUGUGCAGCAAUUACAACAGAUUCACCAAUUUGUGUAUCGCUGUACAAAGUGAAGAAAGCUGACAAAGAAAAUUUCAGAAAGAGACAAUGUUGGCCUCUGGCUGAGUUAAAAUUAGUUGAUGGAAAAGAUGCUGAGAAGGAUUUGCCAGAUUUUGAUCUUCACUUUGAGAAAGUUUACAAAUGGAUCGCAAGCAAUGAAGUGGAAAAAAAUAAAUUCAUCACCACAUUGUGGAAGUUGAGUAGUCGGUAUCAGAAGGAUCGCCAUAAACCUGAAUUAUUCAUAAAUGUGAAACCAGUUCUUCUCGAAGAAACAUUAAUGAUUGGGGACCAAGCAUUGCAAAUUGACCUGAUGGAAUCCGGUGACACAGAAGAAAAUGAUUACCAUGCGUUAUCCAAGAAGGAGGAAGAAGAUUUGAAGAAGAUGAUGAAUGAGUGUGACUUUGCUAUUGGGAAUGCAGAAGCUUUUAUGGAAAGGCUGUCAAAUGACCUGUCUGUCCUUGAUGGUGAUAAUAUUCAUUCAAUCAUUGAAUCACAGCAAGAGGUUGCCAGGCUCAUGAAUUUGCUUGAUGAUUCUUUGCGUGUUGUCAACAAACUUGAAACAAAGUUAAAUGAUUAUGAUGAAAUGCUUGAGGGAGUUCGAGCGCAUAUGGAUGUGAUGGAACAGAAGGAUUCCUCAAUUCAGGUUCAGAACCAGAACCAGCAAAAGCUGUUGACAGAAUUGGAAGCUCUUGUUAAGAAGCUUGAGUUGCCACACAGGUAUCAAAUGACACUGCUGGAUGGAGGUCUUUCAAAACCAACAGGAAUCAGUGAAUGCACUCAGGCAGCUCAGAUUCUGCAACAGAAGAUGGAAGUCAAGAUCCAUGAUGGUUUUUGUAAGAUGAAUGCUGUAAUACAUCAACAAGAGUUGCUUGGCAACCUACAAGAUCGGUUUGCACAACGCCUAGCUACACACCUUAAUAACAUGUUUAUACAACAGGGUAAUGAGAUGGCAAUGAAUACAUUAGUAAUUCAUACAAAGAAACAAACUCUACCCAAGCACCAUAACAACCAUCGUGACCUGGUGCCUUUCUCUGACCUGGUGCAGUGGCUCAAGAGGGCAGACUUCACCAGCUACAAGCAGUUGUCCGUGGUGUACACUGACAAUUUAAAGAAGUUGUAUGAAAAGGAGUUGAAGGAUUUCUUUGAAUCUGCCAAGCAAUCAUUAACCAUCAAGCCUCCGCCAACUGAUGCAAAGAAAUUCCAAUUUCACCAUAAAGAUGGCAAAAUGGGAUCACAGAGCGAUUUGACACGUGUUGGAGCACGGUUGAAAUCCGCAACUUUAGACGACAUGACACGGCAUUACAACACUUCUGAUGCAGACCUUACUGAUAGCCAAAAGUUUGAUUCAGUUUUUACACAAAUUCUAAAUGAAUUACAACCUACGUGUGAGGCUGAGCAGGAGUUUUGUUCAAAGUUCUUUGGUUUGGGUCGAGAAGAUGGAGAUGAAGAUGCUCCUUCAGAAACUGAUGGUGCUAUAAAUAGUAAAUCAAAACGUGCUGAGGAAAAGAAACAAAAUACAGAAUUGAGACAUUUCAAAAGUUCAAGACAUAUGAUGUCAGAGCUGUUUUAUGUUCUUGAGCCCGAGAUGAAAUCUUUUAUUCGAUUUGCAGAGAAAAUUGACCCUAUCUACAUCUUGUACAUGCUGGUGAGGAUUAGCAGACAAGUGUUGUCUAAGGAGUUGAAGGAUUCAAGUUCAUUUCUUAGCAUUGUACUUGCAAACUGUCUUGUUGAAGUCAAAAGGAACGUUGAUAACUUUGUGGACAACCAAGUUCGAGCCAUCAACGAUACAAGAGUAUCAAAGAAGAGCAAAUGUGGUAUUAUACCAUUUGUAGUGAAAUUUGAGAGGUUUGCAGAGCAAGCUGAGUCAAUCUUCAAAGGAACGGAUCGGAGAGCUGACUUAGAUAAGUCUUACAGCAAACUCAUAUCAGCCCAAUUUAAAAUCAUCCACAAAGUUGCCUUAGAGCACCAGAAAACACCUAGUGAUGUUAUAAUAUUUGAAAAUUUUCACCACCUUCAUGGUGUUCUGUCACGUUUAAAGAUUACGUGCUUAGAAAAUGAAAAACGUGAAGCAAAGCAGAAAUACCAAGAACACAUUCAAGCUUAUGUGACAACGUACCUUGGACGACCAAUGGAAAAGCUGAAUCACUUUUUUGAAGGUGUACAAACAUUAGUAACACAAGGCGUGAAAGAGGAGGAGGUAGGCUUUCAGAUGGCCUACAAUAAACAAGAGCUACGCAAGUUGAUUCGGGAAUACACAACAAAGGAGGUAAAAAAAGGCCUUGACAAUUUAUACAAGAAGGUGGAAAAAACACUUUGCGAAGAAGAGAGUCUAUUGCAGGUUGUGUGGCGGUCGAUGCAGCAGGAGUUUAUUCACCAAUAUAAUCACAUUCAAAACCUGAUUAAGCGUUGCUACCCUGGUGCCAAUCUCACCUUGGAAUUCACCAUCGAUGAAGUACUUCAGUUCUUCUCCAAUAUCGCUCAGUCUCAUUAAGUAUUUGAAAUCACAUCAUGCCCAUAUAUAGGCACAACAUGCCCAUAUAUAUGCACAUCAUGGCCAUAUAUAGUCACAUCAUGACUAUAGACAGAAAUUUAUAUGGUCAUGAAGAAUAUGACAUCACAUCAAGACCAUAUAUAGGUGGCACAUGUCCAUAUAUAGGCACAUCAUGACUAUAUAGGCACAUCAUGUCCAUAUAUAGGCACAUCAUGACUAUAUAUAGGCACAUCAUGUCCAUAUAUAGCCACAUCAUGACCAUAUAUAGGCACAUCAUGUCCAUAUAUAGGCACAUCAUGACUAUAUAUGGACAGAGCUUUCCAUGGUCAUUAAGAAUUUGUGCAAAGAAUAUAGAAACAUUUAUUUAUGCAGCAGUUCAAAUAAAAAUAUUUUCAUAUUAUUUUCAGUUUAAAGUUAAUUAUUUAAAAUAUUAAUAGUGGGUGUGUAUCUCCAUACCAAAGUUAACAUCAUGUGAUUUAAAAUAUUAGUAAGCAAUUUACUGUAUAUAUUACGUUAUUAUCUCAUCAUGGUAUGUAAUUAAUAUUAAUUACUUUACUCUAAUUAUUGUUCAUAUAUUAUAUGUUACACUCAAGUGCUUAUAAUAUUAUUAUUAUUAUUGUUAUUAUUAUUAUCAUUGUUAUUAUUACUGUUAUUAUUAUUAUUAUUAUCAUCAUUAUCAUCAUCAUCAUCAUCAUCAUUAUGUUAUAAUAAGAAUAUUUCAUUGUUAUUAUUGUCAGUGUUAUUUUAAUUGAAACAUAGUGCAUGGUAAAGAAUGCAUGACACUACCUUGAUUGAAUGAAUCUUUGUACCUUAAGCCUUCUCUACACACUACCAACUUUUAUGUGACAAAAAAAUGUAAAAAAUGUCCAUAUUUGGGUGUAACAUUACAUCAUCAUGACCAUAUAUGGGCACAUCACACACAUUUGUCACAUAAAACAGAGCUUCAAGCCCUGUCCA